AUGGACAACUCAGUUGAGGCGACAACUCAGAUCAGCACUGCAGGGUAUGCUGUCGAGAUGAGUUUGGAGGAGAGGUUUGCGAUAAUGAGGAGCAUCGGGUUGGGGAGCACCGACGAGGAAGAGGAGCUUAGGUUGCUACUAGAGAAGAAGGUCGCUCCUAUCUGCUACGUUUGGUGCGAUCCCUCGCCGUCGAUACACAUUGCCCAGGGGAUCAUGAUGGUGCUCAAUGUCAAUAAAAUGGUCAAAGCUGGCUGCAGGGUUAAAAUUUUGAUGGCUGAUUGGUUUGCUCAUAUACACAACAGAUUCGGUGGUGAUAUGAAUGAUAUUCGGACUAUUGGAUGUUACAUGAUUGAGUGUGCUGCUGUAUUACUCCCCAAGGCAGACAUAUGGCUGCUAUCCAUGGAUCAUGAUGAGGAUCUUGAGGAGGUUCGCGAGCUAACUAGAGAUGUGAAAGUAAGGAAAGCUUUCUGCCCUGCAAAAGUUGCACAAGGCAACCCAUGUCUGGAGGACAUUAGACAUAUUGUGUUUCCAUGGUUUGGAUACUGUGAGGUGCCCAGGAAAGAAGAGAACGGUGGUGGUAGCAGGACGUUUCACAAGAUGGAAGAGCUCAUCACUGAUUAUGAAAGUGGUGCUCCGCAUUCCGCCGAGGUGAAGCGAGCUCUUGAAGAAGCACUAAAGAAGAUUAUGAAGACCGUACGUGACCACUUUGCCGGCAACAGUAAAGCAAAACAUCUUGCGAAAGCUAUGGAGGAGUACAUGAUAUAA